AUGAGCAAUUACAAGGACAACCUCAUCAAGAAGAUCGGUGGACAAAAUCAAUAUGAUUUUGCAAUCAUCAAAUAUUGCGAAAGCAUUCAAAACGAUCCACGGGUCAUUUUCUUUUUCGACAAUCUAAGCAUAUCCGAUUUGAUUGACCUGCAGAAGCGAUUGUUGGACGUGGCAUUCCUGGAUCUAUCUCCUAGCGGAUCCGAAGUCAUGAUGAAUACCGCGGCCCUGCAAUGCCACAUGCUUUGGCGAAUGGGCUUGAACGAAAGAUACUUCGAAGUUAUGAAAGGGCAUUUCAUCGAAGCUCUUCGAGACUGUUGGGUAGAAGAGAGCGUCGUUCAAACCUUCGAAAGGCACUAUGAAAGACUGCGUCCAAUGUUCCAACAAAAUGAUAAGAUUAUGCUUGAUGCCGAAAUUCGUGAACAGUCUCCUGCUGGCCGAAUUCAAAUUACACUUCUUCAAGAGCCGACACGAUAUCACGCCGGAAGGAUGCGAGAACUUCAAGAGUUGCGCCGCUUUGACUUUCCUGGAAGUAGGACAGUGAUAACCGGAACAGGUCAGAACUGA